AUGUCAACUCGUGUCAAACGGCGUGCCUUGUCGUUGGACUGUAAAGUCCAAAUGAUCAAAGCGAUUGAGUCGGGCAUUCGUCACGGCGAUGUCUGUCGAAAAUUUGAUGUUAAACCCAGUACACUGUCAACGAUUUUAAAGAAAAAAACUGAUGUUUUGAAGAUGUUCGAACACAACAAAAUUGAGCCGUGCCGGAAGCGAAUGCGGUUUUCAGCAGUCGACGACGUUGAGCAGGCAUUGCUGAAAUGGUUUACCAGUGCCCGUUCUAUGAAUGUCCCAAUCAGCGGCCCUAUUCUCCAGGCAAAGGCCGAAGAUUUAGGACAGAGAAUGAAUCAUUCCGAAUUCAAAGCCAGUAAUGGCUGGCUGGAGAGAUUCAAAUCCCGACACGGUAUCACGUUCAAAUCCGUGUGCGGCGAAGCUGCUUCUGUCAGCGAUGACAUGGUUGAUGACUGGGUAAUGUUAACAUUACCUGGACUCAUCGAUGGCUACGCUCCCAGAGAUAUUUUUAAUGCCGACGAAACUGGGUUAUUUUUCCGCCUGAUGCCCAAUAAGACAUUAUCAUUCAAGAAUGACGUAUGCUCUGGGGGAAAGACAAGUAAAGAAAGAUUGACUGUGAUGCUUUGCGCAAAUAUGGAUGGAUCUGAAAAACUCAAGCCACUGGUCAUCGGAAAAUCAAAAAACCCUAGGUGUUUCAAAAACGUAAAAUCCCUACCCGUCGAUUACAAGGCAAACAAAAAAGCGUGGAUGGUCAGCGAUUUGUUCAUCGAAUGGCUACACAAACUGGACAAGAAGUACAAACGCCAGAAAAGAAAAAUUCUCAUGUUCGUCGACAACUGUCCCGCCCAUCCAGCUGUCAAAAACCUCAAAGCCAUCAAACUCGUCUUUCUCCCGCCUAAUACAACUUCGAAGCUGCAACCGAUGGACCAGGGCGUGAUUAGAAAUUUCAAGUGUUUUUACCGCCAACGAGUAGUUCAAAGAAUGUUGGUGAAUCUUGAUUCAGGUGAAACCCUACCCACGAUCAAUGUCAAAGAUGCGAUCGACAUGCUUCAUUCAUCCUGGCAAAAAGUUACCGAUACCACCAUUGCCAACUGCUUCAGAAAGGCGUCGUUUGUACAUUCGCCAAAUCCCGACGUGGAACAGGAAGUCAGCAUUGCCGAUCGUGGAGACAUUAUGGCCGAUAACACCAGUGAUGUUGAAUGUUUAUGGGGCAAUUUAGCCCAUCAUAUCGAAUUGCCAGAAAUUUCAUUUUCGGAUUUUGUCUGCGCAGACGACGAAACUGGUGUUUGUGAAUCGCCAUCAGACGAUGCAAUCAUAGCGUCCAUUUUGGAACAAAACGCUGAGGCCGAUGAAGACGACAUCGAAAAUGUCAGCCCAGACAUUCCUGUUGACAUCGAACUGCCUUCAUCGUCGGAAGCUAUGGAUUGCAUAGUAAAAUUACGCACUUAUCUUCAGUCCCGUGAAAAUGUUGAAACUAUGAUUUUUUCACAACUUUCAACUAUCGAGGACAUGCUGUUCACAUCGAUUUGUUCUGGUCGUCGUCAAACCAAAAUUACCGACUUUUUAAAAUAG